AUGUUGGAGGAUGUGAUGGCGAAAACGGUUACCGCGGACAUGAAAGAACGGAAAGUGUUUGUGUUUGCUCACAACAUGCGAGGGUUUGAUUCAUCUUUUGUUUUGCAGUUGUUGUAUGAUAAGGGUUACAAAGUCGAAAAGGUCUUGAGUAUGGGGGCUAAAUUUUUGUCGUUUCAGUGUGGAAAUAUGAUUUUUCGGGAUUCUUUGAAUUUUUUUAACAUGCCUUUAGAACGCUUGCCGGCUACAUUUAAUUUGAAGGAAGCGCAUAAGGGUUUCUUCCCUUAUUCUUACACUUCUGAAGACAAGAUUUAUUACGUUGGUCCCUACCCAAAAGCAGAAGAAUACCAUCCAGAACGUAUGAAUGAAAAACGGCGAAAGGAAUUUUUAACUUGGCACAAAGAAAAAGUUAACAGCAGCGCCAUUUUCGACUGUCAAAAAGAACUAUCUGCGUACCUGAAAAGCGAUGUGCAAGUCUUAACCCAAUCCCUGGAAACAUUUGCCAGUGAAAUGUUAGAGCUGACUGGCAUAGACCCUACGGUGGAAUGUGUCACCAUUGCCAGUACCGCUUUUAAAGUGUUUCAAAAGAAGUUUUUGGAGCCGUACACGAUUGCCUUGGAACCCCUCGGCGGAUGGCGCCAUAACCAGCAGAACCAGAGUGUGGAAGCCCUGCAGUGGUUAGAAUUUCAAAAUGCCAAGAUUGGCGGCGGCAUUCAGGUAACUAGUCUUUUACACACUUAAGAAUUUAAGUUGCAGUCAAAGUCUACACUUAAGAAAAAUUAGUUGUAGUGUUUUACCUUAAAUAUCAGGUCGCGAAAUGUUUGUGACUGUGCAAAUAGGAUUGCACGCUUGCAUUCAAAAAUAACAAGCAUUUGUAUGGGAAAUGUGCUAAAAAAGUCUACACUUAAGAAAAUUUAUUUGCAGUGUUUUACUGUAUUUUUCAGUGUGCGAAGUGUUUACUACUGCGCAAACGCAAAUGCACGAUCGAAAAAUUAUAAUCUGCGCACCGCGCAGAAAACAAUAAUAUUAUUUUUUCUCUUUUACAGCAUGUACGAAAUUCAUUGAAUGGGGAAGUCAAAGUGAUCACCCCUGCUCAAUCGUACAGUGUGGAUGGGUUUCACGCAGCCAGCAAUACCGUGUACGAGUAUAAUGGAUGCAUUUUUCACGGCUGUCGAAAAUGUUACCCAAAGCAAGGAAACCUGAAACGCUUCUGCCAUCCAGAUCGAACCGUGGACGAAGUCUAUGAAGCAACGCUAAAUAAAGCAGCCAUCCUCCGCGACGCAGGCUACAACGCAGUGGAAAUGUGGGGGUGUGACUUUGCCAAGCAGAAAGAAACCGACCCAGAGCUGGCCGAAUUCCUGGAAAACUUUGAAUUUGUUCCGCCGCUUGAACCGCGAGACGCAUUCUUUGGAGGGUGA